CAUGAACAUUCUACAUCAUUAUACUUUCAAUUAUUUAUUUUAUUUAUAUUAUACACACGAGAUAAAAUAAACAGAUUUUAAUAAGUAAUAGUUGCUCUUAAAUUUGGCACAUUUGGGAAUGAAGUAUUUCUUGUGAAAUCGAAAAUUAAUUUUCUCUAUUUUUUUUAAUUGUGGAACUAAACAUGGAUCCUGUUUGUAAAAUUGAAGCGGGCAGCAGUGUUAAUAUUAAAAGAACUGAUGGACGAGUUCACUCUGCUAUUGUAUCAGGUGUAAAUUGGGAUCAACACAGUGUUACUGUGGAAUGGUUUGAAAAAGGAGAAACAAAAGGAAAAGAGGUUGAAAUUGAUGCAAUUCUUUCUCUGAAUCCAGAAUUAAACUUCAAAAACGUUCCACCAUCAUCACAAGCCAGCAGCCAUAUGUUGGCUUCAACUAAGUCCAGGCAUGCUACUAAACCAUCUAUACCUGUGAAAUCUAGUGUAAAUAAACAAGUAUCCCGACAAACAAAUCGCCCAACCAAUAUAAUUCCAUCGUCAUUAAAUGAUAAUAACGAUUCAUUACUUAAUAUUACUGGACGUCGUGAGUUAGAAAAUAUUCCACCUACUCCAACAACACCAGCAUUUCCAAUACCUAAUUCUAUUUUACAUAAACAAAAACAAAUGCAAGUUCAACAAAUACAAGAUAAUGGGAGAAAUCGUCGAUCAAAUGUUGUGAAAGAAGUAGAAAGAUUGAAAAAAAAUAGAGAAGAAAGAAGACAACGUCAAGCAGAAUUGAAAGAGGAGAAAGAAGCGUUAAUGAAUAUGGACCCAGGGAAUCCUAAUUGGGAGUUUUUAGCUAUGAUCAGAGAUUACCAAAACAGCAUAGAAUUUCAUCCGUUAAGAGAACUUGACAUAGUUGAAGAUCAUCAAAUAACUGUUUGUGUUAGAAAGCGCCCUUUGAAUAAAAAAGAACUUGUUCGAAAAGAAGUUGAUGUUAUUAGUGUGCCUAGAAAAGAUCAGAUUGUAGUACAUGAACCCAAAGCUAAAGUUGAUUUGACAAAAUAUUUAGAAAACCAAUUAUUUAGAUUUGAUUAUGCCUUUGACGAAUCAUGUACUAAUGAAAUUGUUUAUAAAUAUACUGCAAAACCAUUGGUAUCAACAAUUUUUGAUGGGGGUAUGGCAACUUGCUUUGCUUAUGGUCAAACUGGAAGUGGAAAAACUCAUACAAUGGGAGGUGAUUUUAACGGUAAAAUUCAAGAUUGUAAAAGAGGAAUUUAUGCUAUGGUAGCCAAGGAUGUAUUUAAGUGCCUAAAAAUGACGAAAUAUCGUCCUCUAAAUUUGAUUAUUUCUGCUAGUUUUUUCGAAAUUUACUCAGGAAAAGUAUUUGAUUUAUUAGCAGAUAAAGAAAAAUUACGCGUUUUAGAGGAUGGUAAACAACAAGUUCAAAUCGUAGGAUUAACGGAAAAAGUUGUAGAAAAUUGUGAGGAAGUUUUAAAGUUAAUACAACAUGGAAAUAAUGCUAGGACAAGUGGACAAACCAGUGCUAAUACAAAUUCAUCCAGGUCACAUGCAGUAUUUCAGAUAAUUGCUCGAGUUCCCGGAACUCAUAAGGUUCACGGAAAGUUUUCUCUUAUAGAUCUUGCGGGUAACGAACGUGGUGCUGAUACGUCUUCGGCAAAUAGACAAACUCGAAUGGAAGGUGCUGAAAUUAAUAAAUCACUACUAGCCUUAAAAGAAUGUAUAAGAGCUCUUGGUAGAAAAGGUACUCAUUUGCCGUUUAGAGCGAGUAAAUUAACUCAAGUUUUACGAGAUAGUUUUAUUGGAGAAAAAUCAAAAACUUGUAUGAUUGCAAUGAUAAGUCCUGGAAUGACUUCCUGCGAACAUUCAUUAAAUACACUUCGAUAUGCUGAUAGAGUAAAGGAACUUGCUGUCACUGAUCCUACAGAAAUAAAAUCUUCAUCACUCGAUAAUGAAAAAAGUAUUCAAUAUGAUCAAAUUCCCAAUAAUAGUGUGUUGUCUGACAGCGAUUUAGCUCAGUUAAUAUCUUUAAAUGAAGGAGAAUUAUCCCAAGAUUUGUUUACCUUUCAUGAAGCUGUAUCUGCUUUGCAAAUACUGGAAGAAGAAGUUUUAGAUACACAUAAAUUGGUAGUAGAUAAUACAUCAAAAUUUUUAAAUAAUGCCCAUAGUAUAUUUAGUAUAACACAUGAAGUGGAUUAUGACCAAGAAGAUUAUGCACAGAAAUGGGAGGAAAUUAUGUUAAAACAACGUGAUAUGUUAAAUGAAGCAUUAAAUCAAGUUAAUCAGUUUCGUAAACAGCUUUUACAAGAAGAGCAAAUUAGUCAAAAAAUGACACGUACAAAAAAUUUAAGAUAUAAUUAAACAUUAAUUAGAUUUAUUUCCAAAAUUAA